AUGAGCGCCGUUCACUCUUCUGGAUGUGGACCUUCUUCACCCCGUGCCUCACCGCCGCUCUCGCCAUCUUCUUCUCGCGAACCAUCAUCAUCUCAGUUAACCAUAACCCCCGAUGAUCACAUUCUUCACGCCGUCGGAAAGCUCGGCGUCGGCUCUCCCAUUCAGCAGAGAAGCCCUUCUCAGACGCCCCCGGGAAGGUCCACACCGCAUCUCCCCGACCUCGUCAUACCUUAUACGCCUCCAUCCCCCGUGUCCCGAGCUGGUUUUAAUGACAGCCCUGGUCGCUCCGAAGGCAAUACGAGUUUCUCUGACUUUAUGAGCCAGCGCAACAUUUCCCCUGUUGAGGUCACCUCGUUUUUGGAGGAAGACCACGGACCGAUCAUGUCAUUUAACCAUCCAUCAUCGCAUUACGGAGACGCACGGGAUGCGGCAAAGUACCGUGUCUCGCAAAAGGCGAGGAAACACAUCAAGGACGAGCGAGUACUCGGACUUUGUAGAAGGUUUGUUGACGACUUUCCCUACUGUCCAGACUUGAUUCUUGACGCUUUCACGCACGUUUCCAUCUGUCUUGUAGACUCACUGUGA